AUGCAGUCUAUGUUAGAGCAACUCCACCCAUUUGCAAUGGCAAAGAAUUUAUACUCCAUUCUCAAUGUCAAACAUGAGGAUAUGCUUGGAGAGAGAGAACAAGAUCAACAAGUUGCCAUAGCAGUGGCUUUGCUUGAUGAAGAAAACCAAGGCCGCUGCCGUGGUUCACAAGUCAGCCAUAGCUCGAAUGUGGACAAACAUAGGCAUUCUCGGGAUAAGAAUUUUUUGGAAGAUUAUUUUAUCCCAACUUCUUUGUACUCUGAUGUUGAUUUCCGAAGGCGAUAUAGAAUGCAACCCCAUUUGUUCAAUAAAUGUGAUGCUGCUGGGAUUUUGGGACUUCUUCCGAAGCAAAAGCUUACAACUAUUAUACGAAUAUUGGCGUAUGAUUCAUCUACUGAUCAGGGACUACCUGCGCAGACCUACGCACAGGGACUUCCAACGGCUUCUACAAAAAGCCGAAGCUCCAGGAUUUCCAUGAAUGAUUGUAUCAUCCUUGAAGUUGUUACUGGAUUCGAUUCAUGGGUUUGGCAUGCCUUAUUCGGAGUUGCCGGAUCUCAAAACAACUUGAACUUGCUUGGUCAAUCUCCGGUGUUCAACGAUGUUUUGAGAGGUGAAACCCCGAAUAUCACCUAUGAAAUCAACAAUAUCGUCUACCAGAAUGGGUAUUAUCUAGCAAAUGGCAUCUACCCGAGGUGGACUAUAUUUGUGAAAUCAAUUCCGCAUCCCCGAUCGGAUAAGCAAAAAUUAUUUGCUGCCUAUCAAGAGGGUUACAGAAAAUAUGUGGAGAUGUGUUUUGGUAUCUUCCAAGUGCGGUGGGCUAUUAUUAGGGGUGCGGCACGACAAUUUGAUGAAGAGGUGCUGAGGAGCAUAAUGAUGACUUCCAUCAUCCUCCAUAACAUGAUUUUGGAGGAUGAGUAUGAUUACAAUGCUGUAGACGUGUACAAACCAGAUCCCAUGAACACGGCCUUGACAAGAAUUUAUGAAAUGCCCAUAGGGCCACAUGGAGAACCAUUGAAGCAUGAACCGUUGGUUAGGGACGGUCAUGUCAUGACCCGUAUGAUUGAUCGAUAUACGAAGAUGCAAUCGUCCUAUAUUCAUGAACGACGUCAAGUUGACUUGAUGGAGCAUUUAUGGGCGGUGAAAGGCAAUGAUAGUGAAUGA